AUGAAAUGGCUACAUGUGCGAACAGAGAUCAACAAAGACAUUGAGACAGUGAGUAAGACGGCUGACCCACUGAAGAUCCUUGCAAGCGCUGAUACCAUGAAGGUUCUUGGCGUCCAGAGACCCGUGCUGCAGAGCACAGUGGUAGUGGAGAAGUCCAUCCAGGAUCUGAUGAACCUGAUGCAGGACCUGAGCGCCUAUUCCAACCAGUUCCUGGAGAUGGUGUGCGACAAGCUCAAGGAGUACAAGGAAAUCUGCAACACAGCCUACAGGAGUAUCGUCCAGUGUGAGGAGAAGCUCACCAUCAGUGCCUCUUGGUCCAAAGAUGAAGAUAUCAGUCGCUUGCUUCAGUCUCUCCCUAACUGGGCAAACAUGACCCAACCCAGACAGACGCGACAGAAGAGAGAAGAUGAAGAGGACUUCACUCGAGCGGCUUUUGCCAAGGAGUCAGAGGUGCUGACUGGGAACCUGGGCGACAAAUUAAUCCCACAGAAUGAGAUCCUCCGUGAUGUCAGCGACCUGAAGGCUCUGGCCAACCUUCAUGAGAGCAUGGAGUGGCUCGCUGCGCGCCUCAAGACGUUUUUCGCCAGCCUGCCUCAUGCUUCCAGUGCAUCUCAGUGCUCGACGGAGAGUGAGCGCAGCAGGGAGCAGAUUCUCCAGACCCUGAGUGAUCUGUCCAGGAGUUUCCAGGACAUCGCAGACCGCUGUCUCCUGGCAUUGCACCUGGAGGUCAGGGUGCAUUGUUUCCAUUACCUGAUCCCCCUCACCAAGCAAGGUAAUUACGCGAUUGUGGCAAAUGUGGAGAGCAUGGACUACGACCCACUGGUGGUCAAACUGAACAAGGACAUCUCGGCCAUAGAGGAGGCCAUGGGAGCUGCUCUGCUGCAGCACAAGUUCCAGUACAUUUUUGAAGGCCUGGGUCACCUGAUCUCCUGUAUUCUAAUCAACGGGGCCCAGUACUUUAAGAGGAUCAGUGAGUCGGGUAUCAAGAAGAUGUGCCGAAACAUCUUUGUUCUUCAGCAGAACCUCACCAACAUCACCAUGUCGAGGGAGGCUGACCUCGACUUCGCCAGGCAGUACUAUGAGAUGCUGUACAACACUGCAGACGAGCUGCUGAACCUGGUGGUGGACCAGGGUGUCCGAUACACCGAGCUGGAGUACAUCAACGCCCUCUCUCUGCUCCACCGCAGCCAGACGGGCGUCGGGGACCUGAGCACCCAGAACACUCGGCUGCAGCGGCUGAAGGAGAUCAUCUGUGAGCAGGCCGCCAUCAAACAGGCCACCAAGGACAAGAAGAUCACCACGGUGUAAUGAUAACGCAGGUCAGGGGGUUCAGAGUUGGAAUGACAGUUCGCCUUCCAAUCAAGUAACCUGCAUUCUGCACGUAGACUGUACACAAAAAUUGACGUAGUAAAAAGAUCUCCAUUUAAAGGGAUUUGAAUAUUCUAGUUCUCAUUUGAACACCAGUAAGGAUUUUUUGAGGAGGUAAUGAUCUCAGUCACUAGUUUCAGCUCUUAUGUUCCCAUUCAGAGGAAAACAGACGGGUUAGCACAGCACAUGAUGAGUGGACACCAGUGUGACUGACAGCUGGUGUCAUCCAAUAGGUGCCUGGUUGCAGGUGACAUCUGUGAACUUCCCCCCAAAAUCUGUUCUGCCGCUGGAAGAAUCCCAAGACCUUGUCCACUUUUAUGUACAGUGUAUGGCUCUACAUGUUUUUAAUAGGAUUACAUUUGGUCAAGUCGUUCAGGGUUGCCAGAGAAACUCAUUUUGGGAAAUGGAUCUUUGCUCUACACCGAGAUCAUGAUGUGUAAAAUCUGUGAAGUGUCUACUUCAUUUCAUCUUUCUUAAUACUAUUAGAUAAAACAGCAUAGUUGAGAGCUAACUUGAGGGAACUUUAUUUUUCUUUUUAACUCUGGACCUUCAGAUUAUGGAUAUGUAACAUACUGUACGUAUAUGCAGCAGUGACUCGUAAUCAGUGUACAAACUAAGGCAACCGCUGUCAUCACAACUCUUUUUCCCCUGCUCACUGUGACAAUGACUCCAGAUAAAAAGGCGAUUGUCUUGGACACUCACCCAAACUUAGGCCCUAUCUCAUCUCAUUUUCCUAUUAGAUCUAAACUGCUGCUCUCAAUUACACCUCCAUGUCUCCUCUCCUGGCAGCCCCUGCGGGCCCACUGAUUCUGUCUGCAAUAACAGAUGCCAGAUUACACUGUCUGAAUGAGGCCACAUCUUCCGCCUGCUGCCAAUUUGGGUUAGUCCCCAAAGAGUUUCCUCACUCGGAAUUGUAUUGUAUCUAUGGCUGUAACAAAAUAUGUUUAUCUGUCUUUUUUUAUAGUUUGUGCAGUUUUGCUCCUAGUGUGGAAAGUUGGUGAAAGCCAAUUAACUUUUUUCUCCCUCUGUAAUUAAGACAUUGUUGCUGAUUUCCCUCUGUAAAAACAGGAAGGGAAGUUUAUUUUGGUCGCAGUCACACCGACAUAGAAUGACUUUGCAGUUUUUGCAUCAAGAUGUGUGUGUGUUGAGUAAAACCAUCUCAUCAGUCAAACUCUUAUGCCCACUACAUGUACUUUAGUCUUUAAAAGUGAACUGAACAUAUAGAAGCUCAAGAGGCAAUCGCAAAUCAUUCAACCCCUACUGCAACGCGCCCUGUUUUUAGUUCAUUAACUUUGGAAAGAAGUACUUAACGAGAGCAGGAGAGGGAAAUGGGAGUCUUGUCAAUACAGCAGGUCCAGCUCUGGUCUCCCUAAAGCUCACACAGCAAUCCAUCAUAAUGACACAUGGGCGGGGAUCGAUGGGAGAACAGCAAUGAAGCUGCUGAGGGGGUUCGCCUACCACUCUGAAAUGUACAUAUUGUGCGAAAGUCUAAAAUCUGCUCGUUCAGCUGUUCAACUACACAGCUACUUUUCUAAUGUCAUUCAAGGGGAACUUUAAUGUAAUGUUAACUGGGUGUGUUGUGUCACACAAAUACAAUUUCGAGUCCAGAAAGCGUACGGUGAGUCCGAAGCACUCCUGCUGUG